AUGAAGCGCUUGCGAACUGCUAAUGAAGAAAAAGAAGAGAUAGGUAUAUUUAUGGGAAUUACUAAAACAGUCAAGUUAAACGUUAACGAGUUAGAUAGCGUUGGCGAUGUCAAAGCUUUGCUAUAUGAUAAGGAAGGCAUGCCGAAGUUAGUCGAUUAUGGCAUUUGCAAAAACUCCACCCUUCAUGCUGUUGUAGAAGAUACAGCCCCAGUGAUCACAUUAUUUGUAAGGAGAUCCUAUCCUGAAGAUAUCAUUAUUGUUUAUUCGAAGAGUUAUGAUACUAUCCAGGAUGUCAAAUUUUGGAUUGCUGCUAAACAAGGAACAAACAUAGGCGAAUUCUCUCUCAUUCAUGAUGGGAAAUUUCUGGACGAGGACAAACCCUUAUCGUUUCUCAAGAUUGGUGAUGGUUCAGUUCUUCGUAUGGUGCUCAAUCGUAAUGACAAGUUUCUUAUCUUUGUCAUAACGCGAACUCAUGGAAUCAUACAAAUAGAAGUCAAGGCUACCAUAUGUGUUCGUGAUGUUAAAAUUGUUAUUGAGAGCAAGGUUGGCUACUCAGUUCAUAAUAUGGAUCUGUUUAUGGGAGAACCAAAACUAGAUGAUCAGAAGGAAUUGUAUCAGUAUGAGAUCAAAGAAGAGUGUUUCUUAAAAUUAUUGAAAGCAUAA